UUACUGGGAGUACGGGCUUUUGACCCAUGGCCAUGUGAGAUUUCUGAAUCGUCCGGAUGCAGUUGUUCCAGCAGUUCGGUGAGGUGCUGGAGCGUCUAAGCGGCGGGCACUGUGCAUGGAAUGACUUCACCAAGGCAGAAUUAAGGAGCUGGGAUGUCGAGGAACCAAAGUCUGCCAUUGAGGGGCUCGAGGGCCUAGCCCUCGAGUACUCGUGGCUAGAACUGCAUCAGGCAACGGACGGCUUUGCGCCAAACCGUCAACUGGGUGCUGGUGCCAGUGGUACUGUCUACGGCGCCACCCUGUGCGAGGGCACAGAAGCUGCCGUCAAGGUGCUGGAUGUGCCCGAGUGUGGGGGCUUCGAUGAAGAAGUUCGACUUUUGUCUCGCUGCAGACACCCCAAUGUGGUGAUGCUCCUGGGCUUCGCUGAAGAUAGCGCGUUGGCACCACUGCCUCGGCGCUGCGCGCUGGUCUACGAGAUGCUUCACGGGGGCGAUUUGUAUCGAAGGCUGCAAGCCUUGGACCGCCCGUAUCUUUGGCACGAGCGCUUGCGGACCGCAACGGAGGUGUGCAGGGGUUUGGCGCACCUUCACAAGCACAGGCCAAAGAUUUUUCAUCGACACAUAAAGAGCCAGAACAUCUUGUUCAGCAGUGAUGGCACAGCCAAAAUAGCAGACUUUGGCCUUGCAUGCAUGGCUGCCCAUCAUCAUGAGCGCGAGUUAGCUACAGCGCAAGUUGCUGGCACACUGGGCUACUCUGACCCGCUUUACACCAGGACUGGUGUAAUUUCAGAGUCUAGCGAGUGCUACUCGUUCGGGCAGGUCCUGAUAGAGCUGCUGGUUGGCCGACCCCCAGCUGUUCUUGCCCAGGAUGGGCGUAGCUGUGUGUUCUUGAGUGACGAGCUUCGUCCCAAGGAGGACCGUGCCAAGACCAGGGUCCUCAGUCGGCUCGAUGCACGCGCUCAAUGGCCAUUGCUGAGUGCUGCGGGCCUGUCAACGCUGGCCCUGUUAUGCAUUCACGAUGAUGCCGAUCGCCGCCCUACAUUCCUAGAGGCAACUGAUAUGCUUCGUGAUUUGACCACGGCCGUGCCUGCGGCUUUGCCUGCAAUGCAGGACUCAGCUGAAUCGGAAGCAAGCCGACACUGUCUUGAACAUCACGAUGCCCAAUCACAAUCUUCGGAUCCAGCCACAACAGACAGCGGCAACAAAGAGAGAGGAGUUUGCUCGCCAAUGGCUUUUGCUCAGCCCAAAUUGCUCGAGAUGGAGUCAGUCGAUAUGCUGAAGACUUUGCUGAAGCAUGCGCAGCAUGUUCCGAGCAGAGAGCCAUCACAAGCAUGGCAGCCGCUACACAUGCGGCAAAACCAAUCGCCAUCGCCAAAAGCACACUGUCCUCACCCACCCGUUUGCCCUCAGAUCAACCAACCGUCAGCGUCUCCAUCGCACUUGCCACAGUUUCAGCAGCCUAUGUCACCGCAGAUAGGGUGCCGACAGUUGCAGGCCUUUUCGCCACCGGUACCACCCCAGCAGCACCAGCAGCACCAGCAGCACCAGCAGCACCAGCAGCACCAUCAGCACCGGCCACAGCAGCAGCAGCAACAGCAGCCGCAGCAGCAGCAGCCGCAGCGUGGACACCAGCAGCACCCCCACCACAACCAUUCGCAGCACCUACCUUCCCCGCCUCAGCAUCACUUCCACGCCUUGCAGCAUUGGCAGCCCCAGUCGCCGCAGAAUCAGCAUCCCCUGCAGUUUCAUGCAGCUCAGCCUGCUCGGCGUGAUUCUCAAUUCCUGCUAUCGCAUGCAAAGUCCAUGCCCGAAGCUUCACAGGCCACUGGUGAAAUCACUCACGGAGUGAGAGUCAAAAAUUCAGAAAGCGAGGCGGACAAUGUGCAGGAACUCAUUGAGAAACUACAGCAGUGGCCGGGUUCCAGCAUCGCACGGCCCACGGAGAGUGUGCUGGAUGGUUAGCUAACAGGAGUUUGCACCUCGCGCAAAGUCGAAACACCAAAGGAGAGACUCAUAGGCCUUCAUGAUUGCUCCACUGCUUCGAGGCCUCGGCAUCAAUCGCAGCCUUGGAAUUGCAGCAAGGCCAGGCUGUGGUGGAGCAUUACUUUGGUUGAAUGACGAGUGCUGGACUCAAGAUUGGAUUUGGCGUUCCGGUCUCGGAGGUGAACAUGCAAGAAGGCAACCAAUGCAACGCCACUUGUCACCUCGGCUGCCCUUGUACAGAGGCGGGCUUGGUGUUGCUUCAGCGACUUGACCCGCCAUGAUUGCAGGUACUGGGAGCGACUCGCCCAGUGCAA